AUGGCGAUGUUCCCGGCCGCAGGGCUGGCCGCGGCACCGCUCUUCGCGGUACCCCAGGUCAUUGGCCGUGGACCGCCGGUCGCGCCGGCACCGCGCGCACUGCGCGGCACGGCGCAGCUGGGCGUGCGACGACGUGCCGAAGGCGUGCGCUUCCCGGCCGCGGCAAAACAGCCGCAGGCCGUAGAAGUGUCGCGAAAGUGGCGUCAUCGGCUGCUGGCGGCCUUGGGCGUCGCUGCAGCGUGGCUUUGGCCUAAGAUGGCCUAUGCCAGAGUUGCCAAAAGGGUUGUCAGCCGAGCUGAUGAGCGAAGGGCUGGGCUCUACACAGCUUUGGCCAUUGGUUUUUUCUUUGUGGUCGCCUACUUCAACAGCAGGAAGGAGGAUGACAGCGAAGAGAAGCGAAUCAAAGAAGAGGUCAAGAGGCUUGUGCGAUUAAAGAAGGAAUUUGAAGAAACUGAGGAGCAGGAGGAACUCGCGGACGACAACUUGGCAGCCUCACUGAGAGCUGCGCAGCAGAAGAUGGAUGGUGAGGACGAAGGUGCCGAAGGCGGCACCGCGGCCGAAAGCAGCGCCGAAGGCGAAGCUGGCGAAGCUGGCGAAGCUGGCGAAGCUGGCGAAGCUGGCGAAGCUGGCGAAGCUGGCGAAGCCGCAAGUGACGCAGGGGAGAAAAAGGAGACGAAGCCAGAGGAAGGCGCAAAAGAUGAGAAACCAAAGGAAGGUGACAAGAAGGAGGAUGAUUCCGAGAGCAGCGACAAGGAGAAAUAG